AUGGGACCCCCCCAAAGAAGAAAAAUAAUCCCAUUUCUACUUAUAACAAGUAAUAUAAAUAGAAGUAAAUUCAAACUCAAUCAUGCUCCUGUUGAUUUGGAUAUUGAGAGAGAUAAGGAGGAAGAUAAGACUUUUCUCUUCCAAGGUAUCAUGAGUCAGUUUGUUGUUCCUAAUUGGAAUCUAAAGCAGCAAGGACAAGAGCUCCAAGUGGAUCAUGGAGGGGAUCAUCAUUCAGCCUACCACGUGCAGAACAACCACAAUCCCAGCCAUACUGUCCCCAUGUCAACAGAUCGUGAAGUGACAGAGCUGACAUGGGAAAACGGGCAGCUAUCGAUGCAUGGCUUAAGCAACAACAACAACAUGAUUCCUUCUCCGGCUCCAAACAAGACAACAAGCACCUGGGAAACACCAGCAGACCAUACACUAGAAUCAAUAGUCCAUCAAGCAACUUGUCACCAGAACCACAACCUCUUGAUCAACAUGAUCCAAGCGCGAAAACCCGAGCAGCCAAUCACCACCCGCGACAACACAACAGGGAUUACAGGCGGUGAUCAGAAGGCGGCGGAGCAGGUGCAAAUGCUUGCCUCAAGUUACAACAAGAUGGCAAAAAAGAGGAUGAGGUCAGAGACAGAAUCAGACCAAUGCUGGAGAUACUUAGGCAGUAGUAGUAGCAACAGAAUGUAUGAUUUGGGAGCAGAAAGAAGUGCUUGCGCAAGUGCUAAUGCAACAUUUUGUAGGAAUAACAACAACAACAAUAAAGACACAACCAUGAUGACUUGGGGAGCUUCUUCCUUUGAAUCUGAUCCUCCUCCAAGUUUGAAGAGUACUAAAACCAGUCAUGAUGAUGAUUCUGCUGCUUCUCAUGGUGGCCGUGGCUUGGAAAAUAAAGAUGAAGAACAAGAGACAAGAGGGGGAACACCUCGAACUUGCUCAGCAAGACGUAAUCGCGCAGCAGCAAUACAUAAUCAAUCAGAGCGGAGACGUAGGGAUAGAAUCAAUCAGAAGAUGAAGGCUCUCCAGAAGUUGGUCCCUAAUGCAAGCAAGACAGAUAAAGCAUCAAUGCUGGAUGAGGUGAUCGAGUACUUGAAGCAAUUGCAGGCACAAGUUAACCUAAUGAGCUCAACCACAGCAACAACAAUUAUGCCUCAAAUGAUGAUGAUGAAUCCUCUUGCAAUUCAACAACAAUUACAAAUGUCCACACUUCUGGCUGCUGCAAGGAUGGGCAUUUCUGGAAAUGGAUUAGGAAUGCCAACUCCCCACAAUAAUCCUCUUCAAUCUCUUAUGAUGAAUUCCACCACCACAACCCCAUUGGCGCCCUCGACAACUCCUCCAACUUUUCUUCCACCAGUACCUUUUGUCGUGCCGCCCGUGAUCCCUAUCACGGGCGUCACGAGCGCCACAACAACCAGCACCGCUCCCAACGCCACAAUGGCAAAUAGAUCCGCCUCGAGUCUUUUGAAUAAUCCUUACAAUGCAUAUCUGGCACAACAAAGGGAUAGCAUGGAUUUUUACGGCAGGAUGGCAGCACUGUACAGACAACAACAAGCUAAUCAAACGAGAAGCAACCCUAUUGAUCUGCCAAACUUCAAUCAAGGGAAAUGA